CUCCCUUGGUGAUUUAUUACUUCCCCGUUACCAGAAAAGUUUCGUUUCGGCGCAACGAAAAGGGAAAGGCUCGCGAGGUAACGAGCGCGGUACAACCAUCCAUCCGUCCCGUCCACGCGGGGUGGCGGUGGCGGCGGCGGCGGAGGCGAGGGCACGCCGGAGAUGUGAGAGCUGCCACUGGAGCGGGCGCGGAGAUGUCGGCGGCUGUGGCGGCGGUCGGGGAGGCCGCGGCGGCGGCGGCGAAGAAGCGGGCGGCGUCGCGGAGCUGGAUCCUGUUCGACGCGGCCGGGGAGGAGCGGGUGCUGGACGCCGACAAGUACGCAAUCAUGCACCGAGUCGACAUCAACGCGCGCGACCUGCGCAUCCUCGACCCGCUGCUCUCGUACCCAUCCACCAUCCUCGGGCGCGAGCGCGCCAUCGUCCUCAAUCUCGAGCAUAUCAAGGCGAUCAUUACUUCUGAAGAGGUUUUGCUCCGGGAUCCUUCCGAUGAUAAUGUAAUCCCUGUAGUAGAGGAACUCCGGAGGCGACUAGCACCUUUAAGUUCUGCUCAGCAUGACGGGAAGGAUUUAAGUGGACAGCAUGAUGUGGAAGGUGCUGAAGAAGAUGAAUCCCCCUUUGAGUUCCGUGCACUAGAAGUUACUUUGGAAGCAAUCUGCAGCUUUCUUGAUGCACGCACUACUGAGCUGGAGACUGAUGCUUACCCAGCUUUGGAUGAACUAACAUCCAAGAUUAGCAGCAAAAACUUGGAUAGGGUACGGAAGUUAAAAAGUGGUAUGACGAGGUUGAAUGCGAGGGUUCAGAAGGUGAGAGAUGAGCUUGAACAAUUAUUGGAUGAUGACGAUGACAUGGCUGAUCUUUACUUGUCUAGAAAGUUGGCUGGGGCAACAUCCCCUGUUAGUGGUUCCGGUGUACAAAAUUGGUUUGCAGCAUCCCCAACUAUUGGUUCAAAAAUAUCAAGAGCCAGUAGAGCCAGCGCAGCAACUAUACAUGGAAAUGAGAAUGAUGUGGAAGAGCUGGAGAUGUUGCUGGAGGCAUACUUCAUGCAGAUUGAUGGCACGUUAAACAAAUUAACAACGCUGAGAGAGUAUAUUGAUGACACAGAAGAUUACAUUAAUAUUCAGCUUGACAACCACCGUAAUCAGUUAAUUCAGCUAGAGCUAUUCUUGAGUUCUGGGACUGUCUGCUUGUCACUUUACUCAUUGGUUGCUGGAAUAUUCGGUAUGAACAUACCGUACACUUGGAACGAGAACCACGGAUACAUCUUUAAAUGGGUGGUUCUUAUAUCAGGGCUAGUUUGUGCCUUGAUGUUCGUUUUCGUUGUUGCUUAUGCUCGGCACAAGGGUCUUGUUGGGUCCUGAAUAGCUGGAAUAAAUGCAUUACUCGCUUCCUUCAACUGUAAAUUUUGAGCAAGUAAUGAUCUUACAAAAAGAAGUGGAUUGUCGAAGUCUCCAAGAUGAUUUUCGGACUUGAGGGGCUAACAAGACGAACAGUUCAUUCCUCGGAAGGAAAGGAAGAGAAAAACAGGAACCGAUCCUCGGAAGGAAAGGAAGAGAAAAACAGGAACCGAUAAAACGUGAACUUAGCUCCUGUUAUUACAGUCCCGUGGGAAACUACCACGGUGGCUCCAAUGCUCCAUGUUGACGUCCUCAGCCUUUGAGCUCGCACGCAUGGUAUGUUCUUUGCCCGCGACAGUUUUUGUCAUUUUACAGGUUUUACUGGCAUAGCGAGCGCCGAGGCCCAUUGGCUGCUUAGGACUUCCAUUCACAGCGGCUGCUUUCUGUAUUACGUACUCCUCUGAUCCACGAAAAAAGUGUCGUCCACUUA